AUGGAACGUUUCGAAAGCAGGAAGCAGCGAGAGCUGUGCGCUGCCGCCGCCGCCGCGGCCCCCGGCCGGGCGAAGAGGAGCCCGGGACGGCCACCUGGCCGGGGGGCAAGGACGGGUCGCCGCUUGGGGGCCCCUCCGGAGGCCGCCCUCGGCUCCGCGCGCCGGCCUGGCUUGCAAAGCAUCGCCAGGCGGCGGACCGGCCUCUCCCCACCCGGCGAAGGGCACCGGCUGGCGAGCGCCCCACGCCCCCUGCGCGCUUCCUCCAGCCCUAUUUACCUCGUGCUCGUCUUCGGGGAGGAGGAGGAAGCGGGGGUGAAUAACGCGCCUCCGCAGCAGACAGACACGCGUCCUUGUUUUCACAGCGCCCAUUGCUAAACAGCUCCGCUGUACUGCAGCUGCCCUCUUGGGCUUUGGAUUGCAUCCACAGACCCGUGCGCACGCCGCGGGAUCCGAGCCGCGAAGAAGGCGCCACUCCGCACCAGACAAGCAGCCGGAGGGGCCGGACCCCGCCGCCCCGCCAGGACCCCCUUCCAGCCACAGCCAAAGUCCUUCCUCUGUGGCUCGCCCUGCGUGUCCCCAGAGCGCUGGAGCUGCGCAGAGAGAUCUAGGAAAACGCACCAUAGAGCGAAUAGGCCUAAACGCCAGGCAGUCGGUAAUGAUACGCCCAAACCCCAACGCCCGGAUCCGCUAAGCUCCAAAGGAGCCCAGCGUGGCCUAAAAGCAGGGAUGAGGAACCUGUGGUCCGCUAAACGCUGUGGGAUCAGGGGUAACUGUUGAUACCGUCCAGGAACAUCUGCAGGGCCGCCCGCAGCUUAGUCACCCCUGGCCUAAAAAGUUUCCCCCUCAUCCUCAAAACAACAUGGUGAGGUAGAUCUACCUGGAAAGGUUAACCACCUUGCGGGCUGAUUUUAUAAAUGAAUAAGCAGGCCGUAAGAAACGCAGCGCAAGGCUCCAGAGCGAACAGGCCAAAGCUUUGGGCAGAGCGGAGAUCCUCGCGGACCCUCGCCUUGGUCUAAGCCAGGGAACAAAGCCGGUUGCCAAGAAGCGUCAGCCGCUGCAGCCGCUGCUUUUGUGGGAGUUGGGUUCGGAUGCAAAUAGGAAGGCCAUGGCAGACUCGGCUUCCCCUCGCCUUGUUCGCCGCCGACGCUGCCCCCCUUCCCUCCCCCCGCUGCAAUAAUUCUCGGCUGGAGAUCAGACGCAGCAAUAUAGUAUAUCGAGCAAUUUCAAGCAAGCAGCACUUUGUCAGUGAUUUCUAGCCCUCCCCUCCUCCCGGUUUAAAGUUUGGCACUUGUGAGGCGUCAGUAAUUAGGUGGUUUCGUGCUAAGUGUGCCAACUGAUGCUAUCUUUAAAUAAAACCCUCCGAGUUAUGUAGCAAAUGUAUGGAAAAAUUAUAUGUUGCAAUAGCUCGACUUACCCAACUCCUGCACGGCCAGCUCUGCAACGGGAGUGAAAUGCACGCUGGAAGGAAACCUGGAUUUGGCAAAGGGAGGGGGAGAGAAGCGAGUGGCGGGGCAGGAGCGCGCGAGGAGGCUGAGCAGAGCAUCUCCGGAGAUCAGACACCCAUAGGCUUCUUCUUCUUUAACUUUAUGGCACGUGCAAAGGAGGAUUUCUACUUGGGGUGAUGGCAGAGGGCGAGGCACAGCGCCAAGAUUCCUAACAGUCCCGAUCUGAAAAUCCUAGAAAUGUAAGAAGGGACCACGAGGGUCAUCUAGUCCAACCCCUUGCAAGGCAGGAACCUUUUACUCCUUGGUGGCUCAGUUGGUAGAGCAUGAGACUCUUCAUGCCAGGGUCGUGGGUUCGAGCCUCAUGUUGGGCAAGAGUCCUGCAUUGCAGGGGGUGGACUAGAUGACUCCCGCGGUCACUUCCAUUUCUACACUUCUAUGAUUCUAUUCCAUGUGGGGCUCGAACCCACGACUCUGAAAUUAUGAGUCUCAUGCUCUACCAACUGAGUUAUCCCAACUGAGCUGUUUUAGGUGUCUCUACCCAGAAACAAUCCCUACCGCGCUUGAUGGAGGGUUAGUCCCACGCGAGGCUGCAGCGCUAACUUUGAUAGCGCAGUAAUUCUCGAUGGACGUGGCUAGGAUUGCGCUGUAAGCCCGUGUGCACAGGACUGCAAUCUCAGGCUGUAAUCCUUCAGGAGAGUUGAGCCUCACUGAAAAUAGUGGCACUUGCCUCUGAACCUGUACAACAGAACUGCAUUGUAAGAUUUGUUUGGGGUAUUUGCGUGUUUGCCCAUAUAAUUUCUUUAUUUGUUCCUUACAUUUUCUAUUCCACCCUUCUUCCUGUUAUGGAACCAAAAGUGGCUACACGUGGUCGUAGGAGAUCACCCACCUAGAUCCCAGGCACUGAGCAGACCCAGUCCUGCUCAGCUUCAGCGAGGCGGCGGCCUCGUCAUCCUUCAGGCCGUAUCCUGGGAAGGUUUGGAGCGUCGAAAGCGUUGCCGACUAACUUAUGGGCUACUAUGA